AUGAACCAGAGAAAGAGAGGGGAGAAACCAUUGAAAGGUAUAGUGUGUGGAAAUAGUUUCACUGAUAGUGGAAAACUUAGAAUACAUCAGUGGACUAACAAGGGCAAGAAAGGAUUCAAAUGCAAGGAGUGUGGGAAGAACUUCAGUUAUAGUGGACACUUAAGUUCACAUCAACGGACUCACACAGGGGAGAAACCAUACAAAUGUAUGCAGUGUGGAAAGAGCUUUAGCCAGAGUGGACAACUCAAUAUACAUCAACAGACUCACACGGAUGAAAAACCAUAUAAAUGUAUGGAGUGUGGAAGGAGCUUCAGUCGGAGUGGAAACCUGAAAUUACACAAACAGACUCACACAGGGGAGAGACCAUUUAGAUGUAUGGAGUGUGGAAAGAGCUUCAGUCAAAGUGGUGAACUUAAAAUACAUCAACAGGCACACACAGAGCAAAAAUUAUUUAAAUGUGGGGAGUGUGGGAAGAACUUCAGUCGGAGUGGACACCUCAAUAGACAUCAACAGACUCACACAGGGGAGAAACCAUUUAAAUGUAUGGAGUGCGGAAAGAGCUUCAGUCAGAAUGGAAACCUUAAAAUACACCAACGGACUCACACGGGUGAAAAACCAUAUGAAUGUAUGGAGUGUGGGAAAAGCUUCCAUAUCAAUGCAUACCUUAGAACACACCAACGGACUCACACAGGGGAAAAACCAUAUAAAUGUAUGGAGUGUGGAAAGAGCUUCAGUCGGAGUGGACACCUCAAUAGACAUCAACAGACUCACACAGGGGAGAAACCAUAUAAAUGUAUGGAAUGUGGAAAGAGCCUUAGUGAUAAUGGAAGCCUUAGAACACACCAACGGACUCACACAGGGGAAAAACCAUAUAAUCGUAUGGAGUGUGGAAGGAGCUUCAGUCGGAGUGGAAACCUGAAAUUACACAAACAGACUCACACAGGGGAGAGACCAUUUAGAUGUAUGGAGUGUGGAAAGAGCUUCAGUCAAAGUGAUGAACUUCGAAUACAUCAACAGGCACACACAGAGCAAAAAUUAUUUAAAUGUGGGGAGUGUGGGAAGAACUUCAGUCGGAGUGGACACCUCAAUAGACAUCAACAGACUCACACAGGGGAGAAACCAUUUAAAUGUAUGGAGUGCGGAAAGAGCUUCAGUCAGAAUGGACACCUUAGAAUACACCAACGGACUCACACGGGUGAAAAACCAUAUGAAUGUAUGGAGUGUGGAAAAAGCUUCCAUUUCAAUGCAUCCCUUAGAACACACCAACGGACUCACACAGGGGAAAAACCAUAUAAAUGUGUGGAGUGUGGAAAGAGCUUCAGUGAGAGUGGACACCUCAAUAGACAUCAACAGACUCACACAGGGGAGAAACCAUAUAAAUGUAUGGAGUGUGGAAAGAGCUUUUGUGAUAAUGCACACCUUAGAAGGCAUCAACAGACUCACACAGGGGAGAAACCAUUUAAAUGUAUGGAGUGUGGAAAGAGCUUUCAUUAUAUUGGAAACCUUAGAACACAUCAACGGACUCACACAGGGGAGAAACCAUUUGAAUGUAUUGAGUGCGGAAAGAGCUUCAGUCAGAAUGGACACCUUAGAAUACACCAACGGACUCACACGGGUGAAAAACCAUAUGAAUGUAUGGAGUGUGGAAAAAGCUUCCAUUUCAAUGCAUCCCUUAGAACACACCAACGGACUCACACAGGGGAAAAACCAUAUAAAUGUAUGGAGUGUGGAAAGAGCUUCAGUGAGAGUGGACACCUCAAUAGACAUCAACAGACUCACACAGGGGAGAAACCAUUUAAAUGUAUGGAGUGUGGAAAGAGCUUUCAUUAUAUUGGAAACCUUAGAACACAUCAACGGACUCACACAGGGGGGAAACCAUUUGAAUGUAUUGAGUGCGGAAAGAGCUUCAGUCAGAAUGGACACCUUAGAAUACACCAACGGACUCACACGGGUGAAAAACCAUAUGAAUGUAUGGAGUGUGGAAAAAGCUUCCAUUUCAAUGCAUCCCUUAGAACACACCAACGGACUCACACAGGGGAAAAACCAUAUAAAUGUAUGGAGUGUGGAAAGAGCUUCAGUGAGAGUGGACACCUCAAUAGACAUCAACAGACUCACACAGGGGAGAAACCAUAUAAAUGUAUGGAGUGUGGAAAGAGCUUUUGUGAUAAUGCACACCUUAGAAGGCAUCAACAGACUCACACAGGGGAGAAACCAUUUAAAUGUAUGGAGUGUGGAAAGAGCUUUCAUUAUAUUGGAAACCUUAGAACACAUCAACGGACUCACACAGGGGAGAAACCAUUUGAAUGUAUUGAGUGCGGAAAGAACUUUCAUGAUAAUGGAGCCCUUAGAACACAUCAACGUAUUCACAGAGACGAAAAACCAUUUAAAUGCAUGGAGUGCGGAAAUAGCUUUCGUGAUAAUUCAACCCUUAGAAGACAUCAACGUACUCACACAGACGAAAAACCCUUUAAAUGCAUGGAGUGCGGAAAUAGCUUUCGUGAUAAUACAACCCUUAGAUCACAUCAACGUAUUCACACAGAUGAGAAACCAUUUAAAUGUAUGGAGUGCGGAAAGAACUUUCGUGAUAAUGGAGCCCUUAGAACACAUCAACGGACUCACACAGGGGAGAAACCAUUUAAAUGCAUGGAGUGCGGAAAAAGCUUCAGUCAUAGUGGAAAUUUUAGAAAACAUCAGCAGACCCACAUGGGAUAAAUCAUUUAAACUUUUGGCCUCUGGAAGGAGCUUCAGUCAGAGUGGAACCCUUGAUUUACAUUAACAAACUCACACAAGAGACACACCAUAUAAAUGUCAGGAAGUUGGAUAGAGGUUGAAGUCCAGUUCUAGUGGAAGUUCUAAAUCAACAGACUCAUGCACAGGUUGAACUUUAAGAGUUGAAACCCUACAAACCAUCAACAGACAUGAGGAGAAGCAGUUUAAAUGGAUAGAUUACAGAACGUGAUUUAAUUUUAAUGGAAUGUUUAAAAAACAUCUAGGA